AUGAGGAGCGGGCGCGGCGGCCGGCGGUGCCUGGGCGGGGAACCGGCUGCUUGCGCCAUGAACCCCGAGCUGGCGAUGGAGCCGCUGGGCAGCCUCCACGGGGCGGCGGGGCACGAACCGGAGAUGAUGGGCAGCCCCAGCCCUCACCACGGCGGCCGCAGCGCGGGGCCGCUCCGGGUGCCGCCCCCCCCACCGCCGCCGCCGCCGCCGCCGCCGCCGCACCAGGAGCUGCCCCCCGCCGCCCGGCCCGCCAUGGUGCCCAGCAUGGCCUCUCUGCUGGACGGCGCCGCCGAGUACCGGCCCGAGCUCUCCAUCCCGCUGCACCACGCCAUGAGCGUGCCCUGCGAGGCCUCGCCGCCCGGCAUGGGCAUGAGCGGCACCUACACCACGCUGACGCCGCUCCAGCCCCUGCCGCCCAUCUCCGCCGUCUCCGACAAGUUCCACCACCCGCAUGCCCACCCGCACGCCCACCACCACCACCACCACCACCAGCGCCUGCCGGGCAGCGCCGGCGGCGGCUUCGCGCUCAUGCGGGACGAGCGCGGGCUGCCGGCCGUCAACAGCCUCUACGGGCCCUACAAGGAGGUGCCGGCCGUGGGGCAGAGCCUCUCGCCGCUGGGCAACGGGCUGGGCCCGCUCCCUGGCUCCCAGCAGGGCCUGCACGGCUACGGGCCGCCCGGCCACGACAAGAUGCUGAGCCCCAACUUCGAGGCGCACGCGGCGAUGCUGGCGCGGGGGGAGCAGCACCUGCCCCGGGGGCUGGGGACGCCCCCGGCCAUGCUGCCGCCCCUGAACGGCGCGCACCACCCCGCGCCCCCCGGGCCGCCGCCGCCGCACGGCCCCGCGCUGCCCGCCGGCCGGGAGCGGCCGCCCCCCGCCGCCGGCCCGCAGGGGAGCGGCGCGGGGCAGCUGGAGGAGAUCAACACCAAGGAGGUGGCACAAAGGAUCACGGCGGAGCUGAAGCGCUACAGCAUCCCGCAGGCCAUCUUCGCCCAACGAGUGCUGUGCCGCUCCCAGGGGACCCUCUCGGACUUGCUGCGGAACCCCAAGCCUUGGAGUAAACUCAAGUCCGGCCGGGAGACGUUCCGCAGGAUGUGGAAGUGGCUACAGGAGCCGGAGUUCCAGAGGAUGUCUGCCCUGCGGCUAGCAGCCUGCAAACGCAAAGAGCAAGAGCCCAACAAAGAGCGGAACAACUCCCAGAAGAAAUCCCGCCUGGUUUUCACGGACCUCCAGCGCCGAACGCUUUUCGCCAUCUUCAAGGAGAACAAGCGUCCCUCCAAAGAAAUGCAGAUCACCAUCUCCCAGCAGCUGGGCCUGGAGCUCACCACCGUCAGCAACUUCUUCAUGAACGCCCGCCGGCGCAGCCUGGAGAAGUGGCAGGACGACCUGAGCUCCGGGGGCUCCUCCUCGGCCCCCAGCACCUGCACCAAGGCGUGAGGGGCGGGCACGGCGCGGGGAGAGCGGCUCCGCGGCACGGCCCCUCGCU